GUAAAAAUUGCCAUCGGUAGAGGGGCCAGUUUUAGGCAGCCAAAACAACUGCCGUUUAGUAGUAAAAUUAAACUCUUCUCUUUACACAAGACCGCCUACGUCGCCACCAGAGGUGCGAUAUACCAGAGUUAUCAGGGGCUCCCAUUCCCCUUCUUCCACCGCACAACCACCACUACCACCAACCUUUGGCCCCUUUCUGCCUCUUUAUCGUCCUCAAUGGCUACAAUACCAGUUAAUCCUAAGCCUUUCUUGAACAACUUGACUGGGAAAACUGUUAUUGUAAAACUCAAGUGGGGUAUGGAAUACAAAGGUUUUCUUGCUUCAGUGGAUUCUUACAUGAACCUACAG